AUGUUCCUUUGUACUCGCAUUGCAGAGAUGAUACGUGGCGCAUAUGAAGGGUUGAUUGCUACACCUGAAAAGAUUAAUGAUUUCCUAGAUGGUGAAGAUGAUAGAGUAUGUUCAAAGUUUCGGAAGGGAGUGAAAAUAUGGAAAAAAUUAAAAUAUCAGCUUGUAGAAUACAAUUCACUGCCAGCCUACUUAAGGGACAAUGAGUUCAUAUUGGACUAUUAUCGAGCAGAGUGGCCAUUGAAGCAGAUUUUCCUUAGCAUUUUCUCAAUUCAUAAUGAGACACUUAAUGUUUGGACGCAUUUGAUUGGAUUCUUCCUUUUCCUCUUUCUCACCAUAUACACAGCUGUGAGAGCUCCAGUGGUUGUGGAUUUCGAUUCCAUUCAACAUUUGUCUGAAAUAAUAGGGAAAGCUGAUUUGAAUAAGAUUCAUUUAGAGCUCUUGAAAUGCCUGCCUUCACUGCCCAACAUGCCUGAUCUUGUCAAAUUUAAAAACGAGUUGAGUGCAUCUCUUUAUUCUUUUGACUACUCCUCAUUCUCAGGUUGGACUUUUGUGCAACUUCUCACCAAUUGCCUUCCUGAGCAAUUUUCCCUAGUAAGUUCCUGUUCCUCUCACCAAUUGCUUGAACUAAGAUAUGACACGGUGAAUGUGGUAGUAUCCCCCUUCAUGGUACAACCGAUUACAAGGUGGCCUUUUUAUGCCUUCUUAGGUGGGGCCAUGUUCUGCUUGCUAGCCAGCAGUGCAUGUCACCUCCUUGCUUGCCACUCACAGCGCCUCUCCUACAUCAUGCUCAGAAUUGACUAUGCUGGGAUUGCUGCAUUGAUAGCAACAUCGUUUUACCCUCCAGUGUAUUACUCAUUUAUGUGCAACCCUUUUUUUUGCUUCCUCUACUUGGGCUUCAUAACAUUAAUGGGAAUAGCUACAAUUAUCUUUUCUCUUCUCCCAUUUUUCCAAAAGUCUGAGUUCAGGAAGUACCGUGCAUCCCUCUUCUUUUUGAUGGGAUUUUCGGGUGUGGCACCCAUAAUACAUAAGCUGAUAUUGCACAAGCAUCAACCUGAGGCAUUGCAAACUACUGGUUAUGAGAUUCUAAUGGGAGUUCUUUACGGUUUGGGAGCUCUAAUUUAUGUGACAAGGAUACCAGAGAGGUGGAUGCCUGGCAAGUUUGACAUUGCUGGCCACAGUCACCAACUUUUUCAUAUCUUGGUUGUGGCUGGGGCUUACACACACUAUCAUGAUGGGUUAAUCUACUUAAGAUGGAGAGAUUUUCAAGGUUGUUAG